GCAGUGUGUGAAUGUGGCAACCGAGGUAGACAGGGAGGGGUAGAUAGACUGGCCAGAGCUGGGAUUUUUGUCUUUUUUCUUUAUUUUUCUUUACUUACAGAACAAAUUGUUGACAGUUUAUGUUAGGCCACGGCUGCGAACUUGUUUGUAGGGCAGAAAACCGGGCCGCCGCUGCUUUUCUUGGGGACUAACCGCUGUCGCUGUGAAAACAGCCCAGAAGAAAGAAGGAAAGGGAGAAACAACAUGGGGCGAUAAUAAAACAAGAAGGUGUUGUGUUGUGAACCGACGAUGACUCCCUGGGGGGAUCCGUGAAGAUUAUUUAUUUUUUAUUUAUUCCCCCUCUUCCUUUUCCCCAUUGUCUUUUUUGUUUUAUUUUUACGUUUUCUCCUCCCUUGCUACUUUGGGAGGUUGUGUUUUUUUUAAGAAAAGGGCAACGGGAUACGUUACAAGAGAACUGAAGGAUGGACCAAGCCGGCAUCCUGAGAAAGUUUAUCCAGGGGGUGAAGGCCAUGAGCGAGGGGGACGAGGAGAGGGGAGAGGACAACUUCGGCAACGACUUUAUGAGGUUACGGCGGUUAUCUACCAAAUACCGGACAGAGAAGAUCUACCCCACCAAUGUAGGAGAGAGGGAGGAGAAUGUCAAGAAGAACAGAUAUAAAGAUAUACUGCCAUUUGAUCACAGUAGGGUGAAGCUGAAGUUAAAAACGACCAAUCAGGACACAGAUUACGUCAACGCCAACUUCAUCAAGGGUAUGGAUGGCCCAGAGGCCUAUAUCGCAACUCAGGGCCCACUGCCGAACACUGUCAUUGACUUCUGGAGGAUGAACUGGGAGUACAACGUAGCUGUUAUUGUAAUGGCUUGUCGAGAGUUUGAGAUGGGAAGGAAAAAGUGUGAGCGAUAUUUCCCGCUGCAGGGAGAGGAGACCAUGAGUUUUGGUCCUUUCAGAAUCUCCUGUGAAUCAGAACAGGCCAGAACAGACUACUUUAUCAGGACUUUGAUGGUGGAGUAUGAAAAUGAAACUCGGAGGAUAACACAGUUCCAUUAUAUGAACUGGCCAGAUCACGAUGUGCCCUCAUCGUUUGACUCCAUACUGGAUAUGAUCGGACUAAUGAGAGAAUACCAGGAGAAUGACGACGUCCCUAUAUGUGUGCACUGCAGUGCAGGCUGUGGGAGGACGGGUGCUAUCUGUGCUAUCGACUACACAUGGAACCUCCUCAAAGCUGGGAAAAUACCAGAAGAUUUUAAUGUUUUUCGGUUGAUCCAAGAAAUGAGGACGCAGCGACACUCUGCUGUUCAAACCAAGGAGCAGUACGAGUUAGUUCAUAGAGCGAUCGCUCAGCUCUUUCAGAAACAAUUGCAGCUACUGGAGAGCCCCACCAACACGCAGAUACACGAUGGCAUGGAUGAAAGCAGUCCAGACAAAGCAAGCCACCAGUCAGAUGAUGAGAGAUGGGACACACCACCUCCCAAACCUCCCCGCAUACGCAGUUCCCAGGCAGAAGGUGACGUUAAAGAGGAGAUUCUCCAGCCCCCUGAGCCUCACCCUGUCCCCCCCAUUCUGACCCCGUCUCCCCCCUCGGCCUUCCCCACCGUCACCAACGUACGGCAGGACAACGACCGCUACCACCCCAAACCUCUCAUACACGUCCUGGCUACUGCGCAGCAGAACGUGACACAGAAGAAAGAUGUGGACAAGCAGCAGAACCAGUCAGAGCCUGGUUCAAACAAACGGACCAGUCCCUCAGAGCAGAAAGACCAAGAUCUUGAAAGUCGAAAACAGCAGACGCAGGUCUCAAAUCUGGAUCUCAACGACAACUACAACAACAAAUUAUCUUCAGCAUCAACAAAAUCAGAAUCAGGCCAAAGCCAGACUCAGACUUCCUCCUCUCCCCUCUCCCCGGUUGUUGAAUGUUCUGGUGCUCCUCGGAUCGAGAGGAAGCUCAGCAUUGAGAUUAAAAAGGUGCCGUUGCAGGAAGGACCUCGUAGCUUUGACACUUCCCCCUCGAUGGGAGUAGCAGGCGGGCUCGGCAGCGGUUCAACCAACAGCGGGGGUAUGCUGCAAAGAGGCCACGCCUUCAAAGCCCGUUCUGGCCAAUCCCUGCUGACGUCUAGCUCCUCGCUGUCGGAGGACUCGGGCACGGAGGGAGGAGCAGGUGGGGAGAGUCACGCAGACGGAGGCGUCCUAACCAGACCAAACCACCUCCCUGUGAAGAGUGGAGAGAAGGGGGAGCCGCAGGGAGGGGAUAGAGUGGAGGUGAAGGCUGGCCACGCAGCGUGGGCUCAACCCUGCAACAGCCCCGAAAAACAUUUCCCUAAGACCUCCUCCUCUUCUUCCUCCUCAGACCGUGUUGCUCCAUCAUCAUCCUCCUCCUCCCACCUCUCCUCCUCCUCUUCCUCUUCCUCCUCCACUCCUGUUAGGACUGCCCUCAGUUUCACCAACCCCCUGCACUCCGAUAACUCGGACGAGGAGGGGGAUGGAGAGAUGUCCGGAGGAAAGGAGGGCUUUCGUUCUAAUGUAUCCACGGCGACGGCCAUGGUAGCUGCGUCCCCUCAUCAUGGAGACCAGCAACCAGUCAGGAAGGUGUUGCCAAUGUCGAUUGCAGGGCAUACCUCUUCGUCACCCUCUGCAACUACAGCAAACUGCUGGGACAGCGACGACUCCCCUCCCCCCCUCCCCGCGAGAACCCCCGAGUCCUUCAUACUGGCCACAGACCCUCUGGAGGUGAGGACGUCAGCCUCAGCCGAAUGGAGCGGCUCACACACAGAUGUGUCAGACUGCAUUAAGAAGACAUCUCCAGCUGACCCUGCAUCUGCUGCCACCACAGCAACAGACAGCAAGGCAGACUUGGGUGGGGUUCGGUAACCGCUGCAUCCAGCCCAAAGGCCCUCGAGAACCCCCCCUGGAGUGGACAUGAUGGAACGUACUGUCUGCCUGUCCACCAAGAGUCUUCUCGCCUGUCAGGAGACGGACUCUGCCGAUCUCACCUGGCGGGUCCAAAAAAACCAAGUUGAUAGAUGCUACACAGACAGACAGCACAUUGUUACAUAGAAGCACCUUCUGUGUAACUCUGUGCAGAACAGCUUGUCAAGACCGAGCUCCCCCACCCAACCCCCACCCCCCCCCACCCAGUCCUUCCUUCAAAGUGCCACUGUGCAAAGCGGAAGAACACUUACUGGUCAAGUGGCUUGUCCAUUUUAGAACAAAGCCCACACUUUCCUGUUCAGCUUGCUGAUGUUAGAGGUUUUGACUUCUCCAGACGCUGACCUGGGAUCAGUCUGGUUAUUUCCCUGUCAAUGGUUAAAGGAUAAUUCCUGUUUUUUUUCUUUGUUUUUUUUUGGUGAUUUGAGAUUAGAUUAAGAACUGGUCUUGUUUUUCUCUCUGAGCUGUAGACACAUCAUGAAGAUUUGCCCAUUCAUAGGCUAAAUGAAGAGGACUGUAGGUGUUAAAUAAAAAGUGUUCUCCUUACAUUAACAGGAAGAACUCUUUGUUUCAUACCAAAUGAGAAAAGUAACUUUUUUUUGUCCUAAAUCAGGAAUUAUCUUUAAUCAGAAAAGCUACUGUGGGAAGCUGAUUCCUGAGGUUUAACUGAACUCCCAGAAGGUGUCUGCUUCCUCCUACUGAAUGAACAACAAUCUUCAAAGCGAACCUAGAUAAUCUGUUACCCAUGAUGCAACCAUUUCUGUUGGGUAUGUACAGGUUGCCAGGGUGCUCUCUCUCUCUCUCUCUCUCUCUCUCUCUCUCUCUCUCUCUCUCUCUCUCUCUCUCUCUCUCUCUCUCUCUCUCUCUCUCUCUGUAUCUCCAUCUCUCUCUCUCCAUCUCUCUCUCUCUCUCUCUGUAUCUCCAUCUCUCUCUCUCUCUCUCUCUGUAUCUCCAUCUCUCUCUCUCUCUAUCUCUCUCUCUCUGUAUCUCUCUCUCUCUCUCUCUCUCUCUCUGUAUCUCUCUCUCUCUCUCUCUGUAUCUCCAUCUCUCUCCCUCUUUCUGUGUGCUGGUGCUACAUUACAAAGGAUCAGCAUUGAAACAGAAAGACUAGAGCUGACUGUUGCCAACAUUCAACUGUCUCUCACCUCUGUCCUGUAGGAUUUGUCUCUGUGUUAACUGUUUCAGCUCUAGCACUGUAUGUUUCUAUGCUGACCUCCCUGUUUACCAGAGUCAUAAGGCUGACGUGGUUUGGUCAUUGCCGUUGUCAGUAGUAGGUUGUAUAUGUCUGAGUCGCCAGCAGCUCAACCAAAGAGCGACGUUCCCUUCUGAAAGUGAUGAACUUCAAUAGUAUUUAGAGACCUGAAGAGGUAAAACUAUCCAGUAUUUCACAGAAAUAUAUCUGGUUUUCGUAAUCCCAAUCUCCUUUUUAUUUUGGACCUCGAAGAUCGCUCCAGCGAUCCUUUGGGUGAAGUACCCAGAAAACCUGACAGCCAUAUUUCCAGUCGCAGCAGUUAAAUAACCUUACAUCACAUCAGUAAUGGUCAAACUCGCCAUGAACCCUUUGACUCUGGCUCUCACUGCUGGGACCAUGAGCCUGCCUUAGUCCGCCCCCCAGAGAAGACAGCCAAUGACAGUCCUUCUUAAUUUGUUUUUUCUCCUCAAUUCAUUUCUCUCUUUGUGUUUUUGGCUUUUCCCGGUCUUUACUCUGGGACUUAUAUUUGCUAUUUUAUUUCAUUUUCUUCCCGUCUUUUUUUUUUUGUUGCUUUUCGGUUCUCAUUCUCAUCCUCCUCCUCCUGCCGGUGAGGCCCUCAGAUAAACGACCGUGCAUGUCUUUAUUUUAGCAGCCAGUUUCCUCACAGCAGACCUCAGUGUUUGUAUGAAUGUCACGCAUCAUCUGAAACUCUUGCAGAUCUUGACAGGUUGAUAUUAAAGCUUAACUUGUUUGGUUUCUCAUCUGACGGCCAAAUCAUACUUCACCUGCUUCUGUAUGUGUGAGACAAUGAUCAAAUAAGAGUACAGCAGCUAGGGACCCAGGACUACUGUUUCCUCCUGAUUUAUAUUGUUCUCUGCUAACUUCUCAUUCAUUAGCUACCAUAACUAUACAGUAUAUGCAUUUUUUUAUAAAGAUAAAGAACUGUACAGGGCAGUUUAGGUAUAUAAUAUUUCAGAUUUCUUUUGCUAUCUCUUAAAUAUUCUUAUUAACAGAAGAUGUAAGAAAGUCAGUGCAUGAUGUUGAUGAUGAUUCCUCCCCCUACACGAUGUUUCCCUUCGAACUGUAAAUUAUUCUGCUGCCCUUUUGUUUUUGCCUCUGGCAAAUAUUUCAGGGUUGUUUUAUUUUUUACUUUUAUGUUCAAAUUAUAUGUGUAAAAAGAUUGAAACAUUUUUUUUGUUUUAAUUGGUUGGCAGAGGAAAAGCAUAGACUGCCAGCUGGCCCCCUUUCAGAUAGCUACAAUGGGCUCCUAAUAAGAUUGUAAUAAUAAUAUUAAUGAUGAUGAUAAUAAUAAUAAUAAUGAUAAUGGUCGUUUUUUGUAAAUGGUAUUUUAAAGUUAUUUUUGUAUACGCGAUUGUUUGUUGCGUCACAAGUCCACUGCUCCCCAUCCAAGCCCCCACUUCUCUUUUCUCUUCUCAUACACUUUUUUUUUUUUUUUUUUUUUUUUUUUACUUU